GACUUAAAGGUGAGCCAAUAAAUUGCGGUAUAGAACGCGUUCAUUUGUUGUAGCGUACGAACUGUCAAUGCUCAACAUUAAGUACUAAGAUUCCAACAAUUGUAAGAAAUGGCAUCUAAUCCUCCUGGACAGGGUUUUCAGAACAAAAAUCGUGUUGCAAUCCUGGCAGAACUAGACAAGGAAAAGAGAAGACUAAUGCAGAGCCAGUCUAUGAAUAAUCCUGGAGCCAGCAUUCCACUCUCAAGACCAGCUCUUAACAAAGAUUUCCGGGAUCAUGCAGAACAGCAGCACAUAGCAGCACAACAGAAAGCAGCCUUGCAGCAUGCACAUGCCCAUUCCUCUGGCUUCUUCAUAACACAGGAUUCCUCAUUUGGAAAUCUUAUUCUUCCAGUCUUGCCGAGACUUGACCCAGAGUAAGAUGAUUGAUUAUAAAAGUAAGAAAAACAAAGGUGAAUUUCCACUAGUGGAAAUAAUAAAUUUCAAAAAGUGACCAGCUAACAUUUGAGAGAAAAAUGAUCUUCAGCUUUCUUUGGAGGGAUUUCUGGACAUUUGCCAUGUUUUGUUAUUUAUUAUAUAUAAUUAAAUGCAAAACCUCUUAUUAAAAGUAAACUCUUACAAGCAAGGUGGCAUACAAUAUUAGUAUUCAAAGUUUGAUGCUGUAUGUGUUUUUCAUAUUUAGUUUAGUAAAUGAGAGUGGUUUUAAAUUAUUGAUAAUUACCAAAGUAUUUUCUACUUAAAUAAAAACAAUGUAAAUUUGUGUGACCCUGCCGUAGAUAAAGCAGCUUUAGAGGAUAGAUGGAUGGAGUUUCCUGAAUGUUUACUUUUUUAGUUUUGAAGAUGACUGUCUCCUUAGAGAAAUAUUGUGUAUGCAAUGAUAUUUCUCUCCCUGUUUUAUUUAGAAAUGCUUUUGCCUUUUAUAAAGGAAAUAUAAAGGCUUUUCUCUAAUAACUCACUGUAAAGUCUCAGUGGUCUUGCUUAUAAUGUCAUGGAAACUGCAGUUAAGUUAAAGUUAAUAAGAAGCUAAGGGACUAGGAUCUGGCAGUAGUAUGAUAUUGUAGAUAUUUUAUCUAAAUUAAAUAUGUAAAUUGGAAUAACAAAAUGAAAUGUUUACAUUAUUCCAUGAUUAAGAUGACUUCCUUUUCUUCUUACAUUUUAUAUUGCUUGUAAUUGUAAGUUUGCAACAAAAAUUUACUCUGAUCACAUUAGUGGAAAAAUAGUGAGUACUAUAUAGUGAAUAUGUUGAUAUACUGUAACUCUUGAAAAAACAAACACAAAUCUGGUAAGUGGCAUCAUGAUUUGAGUCCAAUUUUGUGCAAGAAUGGAUUGAAAUACAGGGUGUCCCACUCGGGAGUACAACUUUAAAAAUGCGAAUUACUCUGCAACGCGUGCAAGUAUCAUCAUGCAGCAAGGUUCCUUAUUCCUUAUUUAAUGAAGAAUUGAUUCUGUGUCAUAAAGAGACGGGCACUAUAGCAGGCGACGCGGCAGCGGCCGGGCCGUCUAGCCCCAGACACCAACCCUGCAGAGUGGCGAAAGCAAGCAUGCAGUAUACCAUACCACAAAGAGUGUUCAUUGUGAAGACCUACUGGGUCACCGGGUCAGCAAAACGGCGUCGGAGGGAAUAUUUGAAGAAAUUUGGAGGGAGAAACCUGCCUACCUUCAAAACCAUCACAAAAUUGGCCAAAAAGUUGGCGGCGACGGGAAGCCUGGUUGAUCAGCAUUCUGGAGGACAGCCUCGGAUGUCGGAUGAGACUGUGCAAGACAUUGCGGACCGUUUGAAAAAUUCCCCAACAAAAUCAUUACGUCGGUUAGCUCAAGAAACCGGGUACUCAAAGUUGACCUGUCAGCGAGCCGCCAAGAAAGGGAAAAUCAAGCCGUACCGCUUUACAUCUGUUCACGUGUUGAAAGCGCCAGAUCUUCAGAAACGCGUGACAUACUGCCAAUGGUUCCUUCAAUUUUUUCCAAUUUUUUGCAAUACUGCUAGACAUCACUUGGUUCACUGAUGAAGUGUGGUUUCAUUUCUCUGGUUAUGUAAACUCACAAAACACCCGUAUAUGGGCCUCGCAAAAUCCCCAUGGCUUGCACGAGGCUCCCUUACAUGAUCAGAAGAUCGGAAUGUGGUGUGCGAUUUCUCGUUCUCGGAUCAUUGGUCCAAUUUUCUUUGAAAAGACUGUGAACAUCGACCAAUACUUGUCCAUAUUUGACGAAUUUGUGAAACAACUGGACGACUACGAACUUCAAGAAGGUUACCUCCAACAGGACGGGGCAACGUGCCAUACCUCUCAUGCCAGUAUGGAAGAGAUCCGAUCGUUUUUUGGAGACAGGGUGAUCUCGAAAGGUUUGUGGCCACCUCAAUUGCCCGAUUUACCUCCCCCAGAUUUUUUUCUAUGAGGAUAUUUAAAGGGCAAGGUUUAUGCAAGCAAACCCAGGACCAAAGAAUAUCUGAAAGCAAACAUUGAGCGUGAAAUUGCUACCAUCGGCAGUGACAUGUUGCAGAGGACAUUCUCAAAUAUGGAGCGUCGCGUUUCCUUGUGCGCGGACGUUGGGGGAGGACAUUUUCAGCACCUUUUGUAAUGUGGACUUGUUUUCCACUAAAUACAGGUAUGUUCAUUUCUUACAGCUCGCCUUUACGUUCACGCGUUUGCGAGUAAUUCGCAUUUUUAAAGUUGUACUCCCGAGUGGGACACCCAGUAUUUGGCAUUUGCUGUUAUGUAAUUUAUGCUAUGUAUAGUUUCUUUUUAUAUAAGCAUUGAUGUAACUCCUUUAAUAAAAUAUCUGAUGCAGUUAAACAUGA